GCUGCGUCACUUGUUGGUGAACAGUUUGCAUCAUGAAGCUCACUCUCGCAUUGCUGUUUCUUAUUGGAGUCGCUGUUGUAGUCGGAGCAGGCAAUCCAGUCGAAGAUGAAACUCCUGAUAUAGACGAUGAGGGUACUAAAGAAGAUGUUGGUGUAGACGAUAACGAGCUGGAUGCGUCGGAGUACGAAGAUGAAAAUCCAGAUGAAGAUCAAGAUGAGAGCAAUGAGUCAGAAGACGAACCYGAGGAUAACGCACUGUUGGAUGAUGAACCGCGACAAGACGCUCAAGAAACGGAAAAUGACCCAGAAAAGAGGGCAGUCAUACGUAACAGAUGCACAACAACUCRUCGUGGUAGAAUAACAACAAAGCGCUGCUGCAAGAUCUGUUUGAAGAAGAGAUGCUACAAGAGAAAGUGUGGCAGGAAAUGUAAGUUCUUGGUGUUUGGCUGCAAGAGGAGGUGCUGGCGAGAAAGGUCCACUUGUUAUAAAUGUAGCAGUUGUAGAAUAACUGAGUCUAGAAAAGGCUAGAUAAAAAGAUCAGGGUCGUUAUUGUUACCAUUUUUAGGUUGACUAUAUACUAUCGAUCUUUUUGACAGAAUAAAAGCGUGGUUCCAUGUUUGUGAGCCUGAUGAAACGCAAA